CCAGCCAUACUCCCUGCCUUCUUCCUCGCUGCUCACGGCAGCAGCAGCCAGCGCAGGGAACUUCCUCCCUCCUCCACGCAGGAUGGCCGAGCCCCUGCUCUAGCGGAGCUCCCACCCAUGGCGCCCCUCUCCCUUCUUCCCCCUACUUGGAGCUUCCCAUGGCGCCCCCUGCUCUCUCCUUUUCCUUGGCAGCCGAGUCCAUGGCUGAGCUCCCUGGGAGCACGCCGACGCCCUACUCUCCUCCAUGGCCGGCGCUCGAGCUCCACUCCUCCCCAUGGCGCCACCCCCUGCAGUUUCCCCUCUGCCUCGGCGCCCUCCCUGCUCUAUUUCUUUUUUCCCCCUGCGUGCAGGGAGCACUAUGGCCGGCGCCCAGCAACAGCAACUGGGUCUUCUUCCUCCCCUGCUGUCCACGGCGCGCAGCAAACAGGGAGCUCAGCUCCAUCUCCCCUCACGGCAGGACACAGCAGCAGCUCGCCCCGCCUCUCCUCGCAGACGCAGCCCUCUCCCAUGGCGCGCUGCAGUAGAUGCCGUGGAGCAUUCCCUCCAUACCUUGCGACUCGGUUUCCUUCCUGCGUGUGUGUUGCUGCGCCUGCGCCGUUGAUGCUUGCUGGGUGCUCGGCAAAAUGUGCAGCAGCCCCGAUGUCGCCGCGCGGCUCGCUGCUUUGUGUUGCGCAGCGAACAACACGCCGGGAUGCCCAUCAGGUGUUUGCUGUUUUUGCGCAGCCCCGUCGUCGUCGUCGUUCACCCGGUGAGACCACGACAAUCCUUGUUUGAUUCCGCAUCGGCGUUAUCUUCAUAUCAUUAAUUGUGUAUGUGUGCUGUUUUAUUUUUGUUUUGUGGAGGAGAGGAAUCCCGUGUUUUGCAUGGAGAAGAAGGCAAGCCGCUCGACGCUCGUCGAUGUUCGGAGCGAUGCACGAGUCGGAAUCGCCAUCGUCCUUACAAACACCGAUUGAGUUUGUUUAUGGUGAGCCGAUGCAUGUCGCUCUCGAUCGACUCGUUUAAUUAAUUUGAAUGGAUGU